AUGUCGAUCCCCCCACCCCCCCAACCGGCCCCAGCUUCAGCCCCUGACCCAGAGCAGCCCUACGCCCCCGGCCACGCCGCCUCGCAGACGCAACACCACGAAUGGCGCACCGCGUCAAACAGCGCCGCGCACCUCCUCUCCCACCUCCGCCGCCUCGCCCCAACGCAGCAUCAUCCCCUGCAUCUCCUCGACGUCGGUGCCGGCUCCGGCACCAUCUCGGCGUCUCUCGUCCAGCACCUCGCGCCGCUGGGCGGCUCCGUCGUCGCCACUGACAUCUCCGAUGAGAUCCUCGCGCGCGCGGCGGACCACGCCGCUGAUAGACGGAGGGGGCUGCGCAAGUUUCAUAAGCUUAUGGUGGCUACGCUCGUGGCUAAUGGUGGGGAGGACAGGGGUGGUAGGAAGUUGUUGUCGUGGGUGCUGGAGGCGGGGGUGGACAGUGAAGAUGUGGAGGCAGGGUUCGGGGCGUGGUGCUUUAGCACGGCGGAGGACAAGAGGGUUUGGGGUGAGUCGAUGAUAUCGAGGUUACAAACAGGGCAGAUGCGGGACAAGGGGCUCGAGAUGGGCAUCACGACUGUUCAGGACAUUGAGGAUAUGAUCAAGGCAUGGAGGGAGUGGAUUAGAACCGAGGGCGCGACACUGGGGCUGAUGAACGGCGAGGUAAUUGUGAAAAAGAAGUGA